AUGGCUGGUUGCGCGAGCGGAGAUUCCUCCAAAUCUCUCGCUGGAGAGACAACUCCUCUUCUUCCUCAGAAUGGCGAGGUCAAGAAGAAGCCGGCGCAACGCAAAGGAGUCGUUUAUUUGGCCUUGUUGACCGGGUUUCUUGUAUCGUUGUCUUUCGGUGUCACACAAGUUCCCAUGCUUUAUGUCUUUCGUGUUAUGACUUGCGACGAAUACUAUAAGCACAAUCCAAUUCCUGAUCCCGAUAUUGAUCGUUGCUCGAAACGCCCCAUUUUGGCUUCUACCGCACGUGCAGUCUCGCUCCUCGGUGCCUCAACCACUGUGUUUGGAAUCGCAAAUCUGAUCAUAACCGGAUGGAGUAUCAAGCGUUUUGGUGUGAAGCUUGCACUGCUCAUACAGAUAUUCUGGCCUGCUGUGCGCCUUGCUGUACAAAAUAUUGGUGUUGCAGCUGGCGGCCAAGCGGGUAUCAUUAUCAUUCAAGCCUCCCAGGUCCUGACGGUCAUAGGAGGCCCCAAUGGAUACGUGCUUACCUUGAAUUCUUUCAUUACCGAUGUUUCCACGCAUGAGCAAAGAACGGGAGCUUUAGGACGAUUGCAAGGAGUCAUGUUGUAUGGUGCUGCGAUUGGUUUCCUAUGCGGAGGAUUGCUUGGAGAUGCCUUUGGAAUCGCCGCUCCAUUCCAAAUUACCUUGCUCCUCUUCGUGCUCUGCUUUAUUUAUGUUGCUCUCGUUCUACCAUCAAUUCCGCCUGAGCAGGAUAUCGCCGCCCGUGAGGAGAAGGUCGGUGUCAUGAAAUUCUUCGGACCACUCAAGAUCUUUGAACCCCAGACAUGGGUUCUUCAAGAUGGUAGGAAAACAACCCAGUACGGUGCCUUGACCCUCGGUAUCGGCGUAUUCCUUGGAAUUCUGGCGACUGGAUACAUUCAAACCAGCUUACAGAUGUACUCAACCGAUCGUUUCAACUUUGGCACAAGGGAGAAUGGCUGGCUUAUCUCCCUAUACUUUACUCUCCGCGGCUCCUUCCUCACUUUUGUCUUCCCUCGAAUUAUCACCACUGGAAGGAAGUUCUACAAGCCUACAAAGAAAUACGACAACCAGGUUCCUGUAGAGAGCGUAAGACCAGACAUGGCCGUUACCGAACCAUUACUCGGCAUCCAGCCUAACGAGAUUGGUCCGAUAGAUCCUAUGGACAACGACAACACUGAGCCACCCGCACAAUUUGUGCAUCAGUCGCCUGGAACCCAGAAACUAGAAACCUACGCCUUCGAUCUGCUAUACGCAAGAUUCAGUCUCGUAAUGGAUGGAAUCUUGACGGGCCUCGCCGUGUUCGUUUCACAGGGAUACCAGCUCUACAUCGUUGCGAGCAUCAUUCCUUUGGCGGCGGGAACUGGAUCUGCAAGCAAAGGAGCAUUGCUACAGAUGAUUCCUGAGAAUGAAAGGGUGGACGCAUUGAGUGGCAUGUCUUUAGUGGAGAACGUUGCAAGACUCAGUACAACUGGUAUCUUUGGUCUUAUUUUCGCUGCACUCGCAUCAGUAGGCAAGACCCAUUUGGUUUUCGCGUGCAAUGCAGGCGUUGCUUUGAUCGGAUUUAUCGUUCUAUGUUUUUCACGAUUCCCACCAGAAGGCAGCACAAGGCUGAUUGAGGAGGAUAAAUCACAAGAAUCUGCAACGGAGUAG